UGGUAUUACCCAUGAUAUAAACACACGUAUUACCGUUGGUAGUGGACAUACUGGCUCAUUACGUUGCCUAUCAUGCGGCAUGUCCAAAGGAGAACUUUCCGCUACAUUAACAGAAGAUGAGGCAGCAGAUCGUGUUGCUGUUAAAGAUGCAGCUUCAUCACCGAAUGUGCUCGCUAUUGCUCUUUUCGCAUGUAGCGAAUCCUCAAUAUAACCUUCAGCGACAGAAGACGACUUCCAUCCUCCUAGACGUUUUACUGCCAAAAAAUCAGCGCCUUUGUUAGAUAGUACAAUUUUUUUUACGUGUUUCUCAGCCUCUCAUACCAUCACGCCACGCAGUCGCGCCAGCUGACGCUUGUUUUAAGUGUUAACUAAGUAAAAACUACCAGGCAGAAUAAAAAGUAAUUGUGCGAAACUGAGUUGCAGUGCAGUUACCAUUGCGUUACCGUUGACGUUCGCCAUUGAGAUUAACAUAAUUUAUAAACUUGGCGUCAGACGGUUAACGUAUUCAUUGUAACGAUUUGAAAGAGUAUGAUGUUCCUCAAUUUUUUAAAUAUACCAGAAUGAACGCACAAGCAUUUGAAAUAUUGUUGGGAAUUGUAAAACCAUUCCUGAAACGUCAAAUAAGAUGUGAUACCAUUUCUCCUGAACAGCGGUUAAUUAUCACUUUGCAAUAUUUAUCUCAAGGUACAAGUAUGCAAGUCCUGGCUUGGAACUUUAACGUGGGCGUAACAACUGUUCACAAAAUAAUACAUGAAACGUGUGUAGUAAUAUGGGACCAGCUUAGUCCCAUUUAUCUGAAAUCUCCGUCUACAGAAAAAGAAUGGCAGGAUAUAUCACUUGGCUUCUUGCAGCAUUGGGAGGUGCCAUCGAUGGCAAGCACGUCAAUAUCCAAGCGUCUCCACGUUCAGGAUCUUUAUUUUACAAUUAUAAGCAUAACUUUAGUAUUGUACUCUUGGCAGCUUGUGAUAGUCAAUAUCGAUCCACCUUUGUCGAUAUAGGAGCAUAGGGAUCGCAAAGUGAUGGUGGUGUUUUAAAAAAUAGUGUUUUUGGAAAGCGCUUAGAAG